AUUUUAUCAAUUUAUUUUUUGGCCAAAUUCCACUUCCAAUUAAAUUUCACUAAAAAAAUAUUAAGUGUGAAGUCUUUAUUAGGUCAUGUAUCUCAUCUUAAUUUUUUGAAAUUAAGGUGGUGGUAGUUAUGUGCAUUUGAACACGUUGUUCAAAACCAAUGUGAGUGAGGUCAGGCAACGUUGGAGCAUUAUAGGAAGUGAUAGGCUCCACUCAGAGGAUGAUCUGCUAUUCACCCGACUAUAUAAUCUAAUUCAAUUUAUCCAAUUUAAAAAUAGAUUUACAUUCAUCUAAAAAUAAAUGUAGUCAAAGACACAAAUUUAGAUUAACUCAAAAUGCCUAAUCGAAAUCAAUCCAAUAAUCUAAAUAAGCAGCUCUAGCUCCACUAGAUGUUGAUAACGACAUAAAGCGAUGCAACUCAAAUAAUACAAAAUGGGUUCCACUGACCAGUUAAUACUAUAGUGAUGAUAUUUAUGAUAAAAAAGAGAAAUAGAGAAAUCAUUUGGAUAGAACAAAAACAAUGGGAGGUGGGAAUUUAGUGUUUGCUGUUAAUGGAGAAAGAUUUGAGAUAUCAAAGAUCGACCACCCAUCAACUACUUUGCUCCAAUUCUUGCGCUCUCAAACACCAUUUCAAAGUGUCAAGCUUUCUUGUGGGGAAGGUGGUUGUGGAGCUUGUGUUGUGCUGCUAUCCAAAUAUGAUCCAGUACACCAAAAAGUGGAGAAUUACACAAUUAAUUCUUGCCUUACACUUGUUUGCAGUAUUCAUGGUUGUUCUAUUACAACUACUGAAGGCCUUGGAAGUCAGAAAACUGGUUUCCAUCCAAUACACCAAAGGCUUGCUGGCUUCCAUGCUGCUCAGUGUGGUUAUUGUACACCCGGAAUCUCUGUCUCCCUCUUUUCAGCCCUUCUCAAUUCCGAUAAAAGUAAUGGAGUAGGAUCCUCGUCUGACUUCUCGAACCUCACAGUUUGUGAGGCCGAGAAAUCCAUAAACGGAAACCUCUGUCGGUGUACUGGUUAUCGACCUAUUGCUGAUGCUUGCAAAAGUUUUGCAGCUGAUGUCGAUAUUGAGGAUCUCGGGCUCAAUACUUUUUGGCAAAAUGAGGAGGGUAAGGAAGUUAAGUUGAGUAGGUUGCCUGUUUAUGACCAUAGUGAUCAGAUAUCAAGAUUUCCGGAUUUUUUGAAGAACGAAAUAAGGUUGAAUAUGUUAUUAGAUUCGGGGAAAUAUUCUUGGCAUACCCCUUUGAGCAUUGAGGAACUCGAAGCCACGCUGAAUUUGAGUGAGUCGAAAAAUUUGGGUCGUGUUAAAUUAGUUGCUAGCAAUACUGGAACCGGUUACUAUAAGGAACUAGAUGAAUAUGAUACAUACAUAGAUCUAAGGUGUAUUCCUGAACUCUCAACAGUUAAAAAGGAUGCUAAAGGCAUCCAAAUCGGUGCUACUGUAUCGAUUUCUAAGGCAAUCAUAGCGUUGAAGGAGGGUGAUAAGGAUAGAUUGGGCGAGAAAAUUUCUGCCCAUUUCGAGAAAAUUGCUUCUUUAUCUGUUCGGAAUUCAGCGAGUAUAGGGGGCAAUAUAGUUAUGUCACAAAGGUGUGGAUUUCCUUCAGAUAUUGUUACUGUUCUUCUGGCUGUAGGUUGUAGUGUACAGAUAAUAAGAAGCUUACAAAGGGAGAGUAUAAAGUUGGAGGAGUUCUUGAUUAGGCCUCCUUUAGAUCCAAAAAGUGUGAUUGUGAGUGUCAAUAUACCGAUUUGGAUACCAUCAUCGAGAUCAGGUAGUGAACUCGUGUUUGAAACGUAUAGAGCAUCGCCUCGUCCUUUGGGGAAUGUGUUACCUUAUCUAAAUGCUGCUUGCUUAGCUGAAGUUUUUCGUUCUGAUAGUGGGUUCGUGGUGAGUAAUAUCCGGUUAGCUUUUGGGGCUUAUGGAAGUAGGCAUGCAAUUAGAGCGAAGGAAAUAGAAGAGUUUUUAGCGGGUAGAAAUAUUGACCGUGAUGUGAUUUCCAAAACGAUGAGUUUAGUUCGAGCAAAUGUGGUACCUAAAGAUGAGAUUUCACAUGGUUCAUAUCGGACUAGUUUAGCUGAGGCAUUUGUUUUGGAGUUUCUGCACGCUUUGGUGGAACCGGAAACUGAUCAUUUGGGAUUUUCGAGUUUAGAAUUAAACGGAUAUAAAACGAAAGAGGGCAGUGAUGUACCGCUGUUAUUACCUUCAAAGCAAGUAAUUCAGCCCAGCACGGAGCAUCAUCCUGUUGGGGAGCCUAUCAGUAAAACAGCUGCCGCUCUCCUGGCAUCCGGUGAGGCCAUAUUUGUCGAUGAUAUUCCUUCGCCAAAAGACUGUCUAUAUGGGGCAUUUGUAUAUAGCAAGAAGCCAUUAGCAAGAGUAAAAUGCGUGAGAUACAAGUCUGAAUCAUUUCCAGAAGGAGUGGUUUCGGUUAUUUCCCAUAAAGAUAUCCCAGAUGGAGGGGAAAAUAUAGGAGCCCCAUUUAGAACAAUAUCCGACAAGAAUCCUUUAUUUGCUGAUGAGUUCACGAGAUUUGCUGGUGAACGUAUUGCUCUAGUUGUUGCAGAUACACAGAAGCGUGCAGACAUUGCAGCAAUGAAAGCAGUCGUGGACUAUGAUGUAGAAAAUCUCGAGCCACCGAUUUUAACAGUCGAAGAAGCAGUUGACAGGAGUAGCUUUUUCGAUAGUUUGAUUAGUCCCAAACCAGUCGGUGACUUUGCGAAGGGAAUGGACGAAGCUGAACAGAAAAUUCUUUCGGCUGAGAUCAGACUCCCAUCUCAGCACUUUUUCUAUAUGGAAACUCAAACAGCCUUAGCUAUUCCAGAUGAAGAUAAUUGCAUGGUGGUUUAUCUUUCAUCUCAAGAUCCAGAAUCUGCACAUUCUGUGAUUGCUUCUUGUCUAGGACUUCCUCAAAAUAACAUUCGCGUCAUCACAAGAAGGGUGGGGGGCGGUUUUGGCGGAAAAGCCGGAAAGGCUGUGCCUAUUGCAACAGCUUGUGCACUAGCUGCACACAAGCUUGGCCGUCCUGUGAGGAUGUAUCUAGAUCGCAAAACGGAUAUGAUAAUGACAGGAGGAAGGCAUCCCAUGAAAAUCACGUAUAGUGUAGGAUUCAAAUCAAACGGGAAGAUCACAGCCUUACAUCUCGAUAUUUUGAUUGAUGCGGGUAUAUCAGAAGAGUUUAGCCCUCUUAUGCCAUAUUGCAUAGUGAAUGGCCUUAAGAAGUAUGAUUGGGGUGCUUUAUCAUUUGAUAUUAAAUUGUGCAAAACGAAUCAUACCAGUAAGACUGCCAUGCGCGCUCCUGGUAGACUACAAGGAUCAUUUAUCGCUGAAGCUGUGAUCGAACAUGUAGCGUCUACCCUUUUCCUAGAUGUCGAUAUUGUUCGAGAGAAAAACUUCCACACAUUCGAUACGUUAACUUUGUUCUAUGAUGAUAGUGCUGGAGAGCAUGGUGAAUAUACUUUACCGUCGAUUUGGGAUAAGCUAGCUUUAUCAUCAAACUUCCAUCAGAGAAAAGAGAUGGUAAAGCAAUUUAACAGCACGCGUAAAUGGUCUAAAAGGGGCAUUUCUAGGAUACCAAUUAUAUAUGGUGUUAAUAUGAGACCAACACCGGGUAAAGUUAGCAUACUUUCGGAUGGGUCAAUAGCUGUGGAAGUAGGAGGGAUCGAGCUAGGUCAGGGUUUAUGGACCAAAGUUAAACAGAUGGCUGCAUUUGCACUGAGUUUGAUCAACUGUGCUGGAAGUGAUCGUUUAUUGGAUAAGGUACGAGUAAUACAAGCAGAUACAUUAAGUAUGGUACAAGGGGGACUUACGGCUGGAAGCACUACAUCUGAGUCGAGCUGUGAAGCGGUUAGGAUCUGCUGCAAUACGUUGGUCGAUAGAUUAAUCCCCGUCUUGAAGAGACUAGAAAAGCAAAUGGGAUCUAUCAACUGGGAGACGCUUAUUUCUAAGGCACACAAGACAGUGAAUAUGUCAGCUAGCACUUACUUCGUACCUGAUUUUUCUUCCAUUCGGUAUCUAAACUAUGGAGCUUCUGUUAGUGAGGUGGAGGUGAAUCUUCUCACUGGAGAAACGACUAUAUUGCAGUCAGACAUCAUUUACGACUGUGGAAAGAGUCUAAACCCUGCUGUUGAUUUAGGACAGAUAGAAGGAGCUUUCAUUCAAGGUAUUGGGUUUUUCAUGCUGGAAGAGUACUUAACGAACCCUGAUGGUUUGGUGGUCUCUGAUAGCACAUGGACUUACAAGAUCCCGACGAUUGAUACAGUUCCAAGACAAUUGAAUGUCGAAAUCAUGAACAGCGGACAUCAUCAGAAGCGUGUUCUUUCAUCUAAAGCAUCUGGAGAGCCACCAGUGCUGCUAGCAGCAUCGGUUCACUGUGCAACAAGAGCAGCCAUCAAAGAAGCGAGAAAGCAGCUCGCCUCUUGGGGUGGCUUGGAUGCUCAUGCGUAUGAUCCAUUCCAAUUAUCUGUCCCUGCAACAAUGCCUGUGGUGAAGGAGCUUUGUGGGCUAGAUAUUGUUGAGAAGUACUUGAACAGUUCACUAGACAAUGGAAGCACAGCUUAUACAUGAUUACAUGAUAGUGUUUGCAUUCGGAAUAUUCAGUUUAUAAAACAUCUUGCAGAGAAAAAAAAAAGUUCGUAUUCUGCUGAGUAGA